AUUCUCAUCGCAGUUUUGCCCCGCGAUGUCUGCAGGAACGAGGCACGUGCGUAUACUACAUACGUGUCGACGACUCAGGCGACGUCGUAUCAACUAAAGUUACAAGUUAAAAGCAAAUUUUUUUUAGUGUAAAUUUUGUGAAAUGAUUGUGUUUGUUGAAAAAAAUCACCUAAUAUUUAUAAUUAUUUUGUGUACCCUUAAAAUAAAGUUAAAUGAACGUUUUUAUAAGUGAACAUUAUUAUAGACAUGAUUGUCGUUAUCUCCAAUAAUUUUUCAUCGAUUUUAUUCAAGUUGAUACAAUUUUGGAUGAUUAUCAACUUGUUGAAUCCAUUGUUAGCUGGAUACGCUUGGACCAAGAAUAGAUUGAACAUUGAAGAAAGUCAAGUAGAAGUUGUUCCGGAAUUUGAUGAGAGUGCUUUAAAAGAAAUUCACGCCAUCGUAGGACAAACUAUUGUCUUGCCUUGUACAGUUAGAAAUUUAGGAGAUAAAGUGGUCUCUUGGAUACGCAAGAAAGACCUCCACAUUCUAACUUCUGGACCUAUUUCUUUUACUGCUGAUAAUCGAUUUGAAGCUUUGUACAGUAACGUUGAUUUUUGGGGUUUAAGAAUACGGGGGGUUAAAUUAUCUGAUAUGGGUCAAUACGAGUGCCAAGUUAAUACUGACCCUAAAAUUAAUUUUGCAAUGAAUCUUAGCGUUUCUGAUGUAGGUAUGAGAGAUGCGGUAGAUAUCAACACAAAAUACGCCUACGUAGCUUCGAUAAAAGGGCCUAAAGAAGUGUACGUUAGGGUGGGUUCUCCGGUAACUUUUACAUGUGAAAUAGUUUCUCAAACCGGAGCUCACGACAUGUUCUUCCCAAAGCCGAGGGUUAAAUGGUUGUACGAAAGCAAGGAGAUUACACAUGAGCUCGAUCGUGGUGGAAUAUCGGUUGAUACUGAUUACAGGGAUCGAAAAGUGACCAGUAGAUUAAGAGUUGCUGUUGUUACAACGAAAGACGGUGGUCUUUACGCGUGCACUCAAGCAGCAACUUUGGGGGAUUCUGUCAGGCUGAUAGUCGUAGAGGCUGAACAUUCCGAGGCGAUGCAAAGGGAUUUUCCUGUUGCCGCGGGAAAUACAGCAUCAACUCCUUCCGGUACGGUUGUCAUCUCGAUUUUGCUUUGUUUCCUCGUCCUGUUCAACAUUCUACUCUUGUCCGAAGACAAAAGUUAGUGAAAUAUUUUAUGUAUAAUUCCCCCGAAUUAAAAAAAGACUGUAUUUGUAUUUUAAUUUUA